AUGAGCGCAAUGUGCGGACAUUUCCUGCGCCGGGAGGGCACAUACCGGGCUGAGUAUGCGGCCAGUGGUCGGUCCACGUGUCACGGGUGCCACAAAUGGAUCCAAUAUCUUGAUCUUCGCAUUGGUUUGAUUGGCAGAUAUCGGAAGCGACACAAGAUAUGGAAGUGGUAUCACUUGCAGUGUUUUGUCAUAAAUCGUAACAAUAAUGACAAUAAUAAUAACGAAGACGUGAUCAAAGUGGAGGACAUCGAGCACUUCGCGCAUCUCAGACACGCGGAUCAGAUUAAGAUCAUUGAGAGCGUCAUCACUGACGCAAACGCGGACCAAAUCCUCGGGUCGGACAGGGAGUCACUGGAGAGACAGUCAGACGAGUUGUACAGAUAUUUCGAUCUCUUACUGACACUAAAAGCUCCCGAUUUGGCACUACUUAUGCUUUACAAUGAGAUGAGACCGCCGAAGACUCGGAUGUGCAAAGUGUACGCAUUGGCCGACGCCAUGACUUUUGGCGCACCCGAUCCCUGUCCUCGAUGUGACCCAACCAUAGCUCAAGGGAUGCUAGUCUUCAGAGGCAACGCUUAUAUCUGUUCGAUGGGCGCCAAGACUCGGACACUUGGAUGCGAUUAUUGGACUCUUGAGCCCAAACGCCACCCCUUUACAGUUCCCAAGGGAUUGUCCGAAGAGUACCCAUUUCUGGGCCAAUACAGCAACGAAGUUCUUAGUGGUAGGGCUUAUAUACCGGCGCUAUCGGCUGCCAUAAAUAGCUACCGGAGUGAGAGUCCUGUGUCGGUGUCGAGUCGUGCGAUGGCUUACGGACACAACGAUGAUGUGGUCGAUUCGGGUGAUAUCGGCUACAGAGUAGACGCUAUUAGCCACCAAAUGGACGAAUUAGUGAUAUGUGAAAACGAGAGCACAAACAAUAAUAAGACACUAACUCUAGGAGGGGGUGAUGUUAAGACACUAACCCUAGGAGGGGGUAAUGUUAAGACACUAAGCCUAGGAGGGGGUGAUGUUAAAACUCUAACCCUAGGAGGGGGUGAUGUUGUGGACCCCAACUGUCCACUGGGCGCCGGCUAUCAGGUGUACAGAGACUACAGAGAGGAGAGUUAUAGCGCUGUCUUAAGUUACGUAAAACUAAUGACAAACGAGAAUUACUUCUAUUAUCUGCAACUCCUGUACAUCGACUCCAUCGAGUCGAAGAAGUAUUGUUUGUGGCGCUCGUGGGGUAACAUCGGAUCCAAAGCCUCCGGUUCUUGUUAUAAGUUCUUUGAGAACAGUUCGGACGCCAUUUCGCGAUUUAAACAGAUAUUUAAGGAUAAGACGAAUAAUGAAUGGGACAGAAGGCGACCCUUUAAGCAGAAUCCAUACUCUUAUUAUUUGGUUGAUGUGAAGUACAUCGAGAAUAAAAACCAAAUCAUAAACCUGUUUGACUCGAACCCAGAUAAUGUCAAGAUUGGUCAUGAUAUUCAAGAGCUCAUGAAAAUUAUAUUCGAUUACGAGAAUAUGAUCAACGAAUUGAGGUAUGGUUUCAAGAUAGACAUCACUCGCAUGCCAUUAGGACUCGUAUCCAAGAAUGCACUGAAAAAUGCUAAGAAAUGUCUGAAUGAAUUGGCGCUAUUGUUGGGACCAAAUGUCAUGUUAAGAGAUAGAGAGACAACAGUACACGAUAUGAGUCAUGAUUUCUAUCAGAAUAUUCCCCAGAAAACGGUUGAAUGCAUUGAUUCCGUAGAGAAAGCCGAUAAAAAGCUACAGCUGUUGACUACAUUGAAAUCCAUGAGAAUAACAUUCAGUCUAUUAAUUGCAAAAACGGAUUCUUACAAGAAUUGGGAACCAAUCGAUAUUCUCUACUCAAGACUCCACGCAAACAUCAAUGUAUUGAUUGAAGGCAGCGAUGAGUAUAACAUUAUAAAUGAUUAUCUGUCGGAAAGUAAUGGUCUCAACGGCCUGGACCUCCGAAUUGCCACCAUUUAUGAGUUGGAGUGCAAGGAAUCGACCGAAAAGUUUAAAGAGUUUGAAGCGUACAAUAAGCUGUUGCUAUGGCACGGGACGUGUGCCACCAAUUUGGUCGGUAUUAUAACUCGCGGUAUGCGUAUAGAGUCGGGCGCCCAGCCAUCCGGCCGUGUGUUUGGGGACGGCAUCUACUUUGCAGACAAGGCGGCCAGAAGUAUACAGUAUUGUAGGGAUGGGACUACCAAAUGGCUAUUGCUGUGCGAAGUUGUUAAUAGAAAUUACAAAAGGAUUUAUUCGUACGAAGAAUUUGAGAGAAAUGAUAAGUUCAGGGAUGGCUUUCCCACAGACGUAACGUGCGUUCAGUUUGUAGGCAAGACGGGGACCAGAAUUCACAAAACGAUGCCAAACGCUAAUCAAAUUUAUGUGCCAAAGGCUGUCAUCACAACCAACAGAGACUUCAUUAAAUAUCCGCAUAGAGACAAUACAGUUGAUCUCAAAUACAAUGAAUAUUUGGUCAAAAAUUGUGAUCACAUUAAUGUCAAGUUUAUAGUCAAAUGCCAUCAAAUUUGA